GUUAACGAAAAAAGUCCAGGUGGAGGUUGAACAGCGUGAAGAUAGUGACCGUGACGAUCGUGGACGAGAGCAAGAAGGAAGCGGUGCACGUGGAGGUCGUGUACCAGCACAUGAAGCUACCCUGCCACAGCCUCCGUUGUGGAAGAGGAUCCAGAGAGACCUGCUCUUUCUGGCCCAGUACACCCACGGCACGAAGAACAUGCUGCGAUUGACGGACAAGCUGGAACAGAUGGCCGAGGUGGUGGGCCAGUUUGGCGACAGUGUCAAAGAGGGCUCCACAACGUCCGGACCACUGCCGACUGCCUUAACAAACACGCAGUUGGAGGUUUUUCUCAAUAAGGUCGCGCCCCUGACCGCGGAAGAGCGAAUCCUUAUCAAGAACGGGAUGGGCGUGGCGUUGGAAC